AUGAGCUAUAUCAAAAUGCUGGUGACGACGGUAGUCGAGAUCUCCGGCCCCCUAAACAUACUCCCUUUGGACUGUAUCAACUCCACACCAAAGAAACGAGUCUCCUUCCACGCCAAACCGCACGCAGCCCCCCCAAAACCUGAAACCACCGACACCCAUCCCGACGCACCGGCAAUAUGUCCCACAUCAAUCCGCCUAAAGGCAGAAGAAAUAAUGAACAUUGUGGAGCGCUACGGCUCACAUGAGCGCACGACCAUCGCUGGAGAAUGGCUGGGCCGGUCAUCGUUCACGCCGCGCGUGAAGACACACCUCGCAGCCAACAGGCCGAUUCCUAUGGUUCUACCAGCUUUUCCAAUGAAGAGUAAUAACCGCAUGAACAAGGUGCUAGGUGCGCUUCCGGAUUUAGGGGAUGAGCUUGGAUUGGCGCGGUUGGUGAAUCUUUGUCAGGAUAUUAAGGCUGUUUACCCGCCUGGCGCGGUUGUGGUUAUUGUUACGGAUGGGAUUUGCUACAAUGAUCUUACGGGGAUUUCUGAUGAGGAGGUCUGGGAGUAUGGGAAUCGACUGCGGAAGAUCGCUGUUGAGAAGGGAUAUGCUUGUAUUCAGUUCCAUCGUAUUAUGAAUAUGCUGGGUCUUUAUACUGGUGCCCAGAUCUCCAAAUCGGAUUAUGUGAAGCUCUGUGGUUUAUCGAGGGUUGAACUUCAUCGACGAUAUGGACAGCCGGGGUUCGACGUCGAUAAGUUUUUGAAAAGUGACGAGGACUACCUGAGGACAUAUAAUGGAUACGACAAGUUCAUGAAAGUUGAUCUAAAAUUCAGUCCGGUGACUAAAGAUUGCUCUGGCCCCAAGCAAUAUAAGAAGAAGAUCAAGAUUAUUGCAAAGGAAAUGAUUGUCCGUGGAGUGGAGUACGCGGAGCUAGUACGCCAAAUUUAUCCGGACUCACUGCGUCUCUCCAUCCAUCCCUCGUCAGGACAGACAAAGCUGUCGUUCCCCCUUAUCCCACAGAAGAAUUCGUUUUCCAUGAGUCCCUGGCACUGUAGUGUUGCAGUGACAAUUGCGGGUGAAUUCAUAACAGCUCACCAAUCCGCACAUCGGCAGAAGUUUGACCUUAUUAAGAAGGAUGGUCAACCAUAUUUCUUCCGUGAGAGCUCGCCGCUCUUUAAUUGGGACGCCAGAGUUGAAUUUGAGCAUCAUUAUGGGCAAAAAUUGGUUAUUAGGGCACAGAAACAGACUGAUCAAGAUCUAUCUGACUCGGAUUUGGACAAGUUGGCACAUCUGGCAAUCCAACAGAAGAGUGUGUCAUUUGUGUCUGUAUAA